AGAAACGACAAGACCACCUGUACGAACACCAAAAACGCAAAGAAAACAAACAAGACCACCCACAAGGACGGCAAAAAACCACGCAAUAUCAUUUCAAGAAUACCAAGAGAAGCACAUAAAGCCAUUCCACAAGAACACAGCUAGCGACAACACCAGCGACGACACAAUUACGACACCAACGAUGACACCAACUACAACACCAGAACGACACCAACUAGUGACAAUACACCAACAACGGCACUAA